ACAACUCCCCCCUCGAGCUGUGAUCCCGGAUGCAAUGGAAUGGGCGCUACACUGACAAUGCGCAGGCAAGGUUCAGCCACAACUAUCAAAUCAUAGAGUACGUGGCAAGACUACAUCAAGUCUUCGAUGCAUAAGAAGCAGAGUGGACAGUCACUUUUGUGCUGGUGAAUGUGAUCCUUGGUCUCUUAGCAAAGAAGCCGGACUGACGCAUCAUGGCCACAAAGAAAGUUUCGAGCAUCACGAUUGUAGGAGUUGGCCAGGUGGGCGGCGCAGUGGCCUACGCCCUCAUCCUGAGAUCCGCUUGCGAUGAGCUGCUUCUGGUGGACAACGACGUCGAACAGGGAUACGGACAGGCGCGAGAUCUGUCUGAUGCGGCGUAUAGCAGCGGCAGCAAAACCCGAGUGCGACUGGUCUCGCACCGCGAGGGAAGCCAGAGUGAUAUUAUAGUCAUCGCGGCAGCAUCGAAGCAUCCAAUGGGCGAGACCAGACUCGAGCAUACACACCACAACAUCUCUAUCAUGCGAUCGAUAAUCGACGAGAUGUCGCCUCUCAGACCAGAUACUGUUCUUCUGGUCAUCUCGCAGCCUGUUGACCUACUCACCUCUGUCGCGCUGAAGCUAUCCAAGCUUCCGCACAACCAGGUGCUGGGGGCAGGGACCUACCUCGAGUCAGCACGACUCCGUGGAAUGGUGGCGGACAAGGCUCAUGUGUCGGCGAAUUCGAUCGAUAUGUAUGUACUGGGCGUACAAGGACCGCAGCAAGUAACCGCCUGGUCCUCAGCCACGGUCGGGGGUGUUCCCCUUGACAAGGCCCUCCCAGCCGGCACCAUUGACAAAGACAAGAUCGCCACCGAGAGUGCGGAGCGGUCGCACAAGAUUCUCCUGGCCAAGGGCUCGAUGCCGUUUGGUGUGGGUUCUGUCAUAGCAAGUGUCUGCACUUCGGUGCUCAAUGAUGAGCGCAAGGUUCGUCCAAUUAGCUACUAUGAGGCAGACUUCGGAUGUUGCUUCAGUAGGCUCGCUGCAAUUGGACGGCAGGGAGUCGCAGCUAGUCUGCCAACGGCACUAAGUGAGAGCGAGAUGGGACAAAUGGUGGAAUCGGCGGAGGGUUUGGCUGAUACGCUGAGCCGUAUUAACGACUUGUGAUUUCGACGGAAUGCUCAUGAUGUCGAAAAAGGGUGAUGCGGGCACAGGAGGAUGUGACUAGCUAUGAACAUAGCUGGCACACGUCGUUUUGUUAACGAGAAUGGAAGUAAUGAAACCGUUUGAAAGUAUAGCAUUGAUUGAAUGGCCGUGAGUAACUGAAGUAUUAUGUCGU